AUGAGUGAUCACAUUGCUAAUAAGAUAAAAGAAGAAGUAGCUUUGUCGGUGCAAGAAGAGUUUGAUAAGCGUUUCCCAAAAGAAAAAGCACCAGAAACACAAAAUCUUGAAAAUCAACCAAAACCAUUAAACGAAAAGCCAUAUGAUCUUAAGAACUUCACCAUUGCAAGCCCUCCCACGUAUAAUGGGGACCCUGGUCCUAUUGUGAGCACCAAAUGGGUGAAUGAAAUUGAAGGGGCUUCCGCAUUACAAAGACUCCACCCGAAGAUAAGACUUUGUAUGGGUCGACUUAGAAGUGAGUUCAUGAAUGAUUCUCAAGGUUCGUUGAAUGUAAAUGAAUUUCGUGUGCGGUUUCUUGAUAAAGCUCAAUUCUGUCCCGAAUACUUGAAAGAUGAUAAGUUGUUGAAAGAACAUUUCUACCAGAAACUCUGCAAGAAUAUUCGAGAAAAGAUCACUCUUCUCCAAGUUGAAUCUUUUAAUCAAUUGAUUGAUGUGGAAAGAUGGCAUGAAGUGGAGCAAGGUAUGCCGGAUGAAGACUCCUCAGAAAGGAAGACAGAGCAAAGUGAUUCUCCAAAUAAGAAGUUCUGGUCGAUUGGAAGUUCGGGAAGUAAUGUAUCCAAGAGAAAUAUUCCCACUUGUAACAAUUGUGGGAAACAUCAUUCCGGGGUUUGUCGUUUACCUCCCAAGAAGGGAUGCUUUAAUUGCGGUCAACCGGGUCACAUUAUUCGUGAUUGUAAGUUCUCUCCAAACAAGCCUACCGUGUGUUUUAAAUGUUUCAAUGAGGGACAUAUGAGAAGUACUUGCCCUUUAUUGACGGAAGAAGAAAGGCAAGCGGAGAUAAGGAAAAUGAAUGAUAAGAAAGCGGCAAAGCAAGUGGGAAAUCCUAAAGGAAGGUCAUUUCAUAUCUCAGUGACGGAAGCAAAAGAAUCAACUGAUUUUGUGUCAGGUACUUUUCUAGUUCAUGACACUCCCGCUAAAAUUUUAUUUGAUUCUGGAGCAAAUCGUUCAUUUGUAGCUACUCGAUUCACUAAAAAUAUUCCCUUACAUCUAUCUUUGCUUAAACCUCCACUGUUAGUGGAAGUGGCGGGUGAUCAAACUUAUGUGAUUAAAAACGUGUACAUAGACUGUAGCCUAACCAUAAAUUUCGAAAAUUUUAAAGCCAACCUUAUUCGUAUGGGUUUGGGUGAAUUUGAUGUGAUUUUGGGCAUGGAUUGGCUCGGUCGUCAUAAGGCGAGUAUGUGA